AUGAAGAGCAACAGUUCAGUCUCUCCAUCUUCCUCACCACCAACACCUCCAUCACCUCUUCCUAUUAGCACUGGACCUGGCAAUCAAAGGUACACCUUUACCCCAUCUCCUUCCAUAUCCCCACCAUUUUCAGUGUCCCCUUCCAGCCACACUUCCGCCGAUGACCUUCCUUUCAUGCCGUGGGGAAAGUCUGCACAACGAACUCCAUCAGCAUUCUCGUUGGAUCGGCCGGAGAGAGACCAUCUGGAGCCAGAAUCCAGCAGUUCAUGCCUCAAGGAAUUGUGA